AUGUCUGUUUUAAAUCAAAGUGGAGAGGAGCAGGUAGAAUGCCCCUUGUGUAUGGAGCCUCUGGAAGUUGAUGAUCUUAAUUUUUUCCCCUGUACUUGUGGGUAUCAGAUCUGCCGCUUUUGUUGGCAUCGCAUUCGAACAGAUGAGAAUGGACUGUGUCCAGCCUGCCGUAAGGCUUAUUCUGAAAACCCUGCUGAUUUCAUCCCAUUAUCGCAGGAACAGGUGGCCAAACUGAAGUCGGAGAAGCGGCAGCGCGACCAGCAGCGCAAAGCGAAGCUGAGCGAGAGCAGGAAGCACUUGGCGAGCGUGCGCGUCGUGCAGCGCAACCUCGUCUUCGUGGUGGGGCUGCCGAUGCGAUUGGCCGAGCCCGAGGUGCUCAAGAGGCACGAGUACUUCGGCAAGUUCGGCAAGAUACACAAGGUGGUGAUCAACCAGUCGACGGCGUACGCCGGUACCCAGGGGCCCAGUGCAAGUGCCUAUGUAACUUACAUGAAGAGUGAUGAUGCUUUAAGGGCCAUACAAAGUGUCAAUAAUAUAACCAUAGAUGGUAGAUUGAUCAAAUCGAGUUUAGGCACGACGAAAUAUUGCUCUCAUUUUAUGAAGAAUCAAACUUGUCCCAAGCCAGACUGCAUGUAUCUACAUGAUUUUGGAGAUCCGGAGGCCAGCUUCACCAAGGAGCAGAUGCACGCCUGCAAACACCAGGAAUACGAGAAGAAGCUCCACGAGAAUCUCGUCCACAAAAUGGCCAACAACAAUAACACCAAUAAUUGCAAUCAUCACUCGUUGGAAAACAACAAGCAAAGCGUGCCCAUACCGACUGGAGGCGGCGGCAGCUCCAAGUCCUCGUCGAAAGAGAGCAUCGCCUCGCUGUCGAGCAGCGUGGGCAGCAGCACCAGCACCGCCUCCAACGGCAGCAAUGGCGGCAAUUGCAACGGGGGCGGUGGCACCAACAAGGAGAACUGGCCGCACCUGAACACCAACGAGAAGGAGAAGAAGGAGAAGGGCAAGAAGGGCAAGACGAAGGGCGGGGACGGGGGUAGCAGGAAGGAUAGACGAGAGGGGGGGCAUCACGGGAAGAGCGAGAAGAGUAGUUAUAAAGCGGAAGCGAGAGAAGAAAAGCCCACCUCGCCCUCGACCCUCCCACAGACGCCUCGGUCGACCCCGCCCCCCGCCUCCCACCCCUCGGACACUCCCACCAAUCAGCCCCUCCUGCGCCCGCCCAAAACCACGCCUACCCUGCUGCGUCCGCCCCAAACCACGCCUCCCGCGAUAGCGCGACCGACCCACGACGACAACACCAGCUUCUUCUCGUCGUCGACCAACGGCUUCCAGAAGGUGGCGCCAGUGGGCGGGGCCAGAAGGGAGGAGCAUGCGGAGGAGGCGGAGCCCGAAGGCCCCGCCCUGUUGACCGAUAACUUUCCGGAUAUCAGCUCGACGGAGGAUUGGGCGGCGGCGUUCGGGUUCCCUAGGCAUUCGGACAGUUCGGGCGGCAAUAUGAUGGUCAACAAAGAAGAAAAAAUUAAUAUGGAUUUAAUAGCUAAUGGAUUCGGACAGUUAGGGCACGAUGGAUUUAGCAAAGGACUCAAACAAGAGGAUAAAAUGAAUUUGGACUCUUUAAGUAAUGGCUUCGGACAGUUAGGACAAAAUAGAUUCAGCAAAGUCGAACCGUUCAACAACGGCUUCUACGAGAUGUCGUCCAAAAUGCAAGACAACAUCAUCGAUCUGCUGUCGACCGCCACCCCGAACGGCUUCAAACCACCCCCUGUCACCCCUUCGCAAGUCGCCACCACCACCUCCAACGGUCUCAACGGCUUGGACCAGAACAUGUCGAAGUUUUUCAUGGACUUUCACAAGAACAAGGAGCAGCAGCAGCAACAGCAGCAACAUCAGCAACAGAUUCCUUCUCAGCAACAAAAGUUCGGGCAUGCGUACUAUCCUAAUGUGCAGAGUGACGUGGAGAGGAUGAAGGUGUUGCAGCAGCGGCAGCUCGAAGCUCGACUGAUGAAUAUCGCCAGCUUCAAGCAAAAUUAUCAAAAUAGUACUAGUAACCCUUAUCAAAACGGAAUGAACCAACAGUUAUACGUGAACGGGGAAAAUAAUGGAUUUGGCAAUUUUCACAAUCAGUUAUAUGGAAGUUCAAAUGUUAAACAAAACACAGAAGACGAUUUAGGUUUUGAUCCUUUCCAAGAAACACAGAAAGCCUUUGCGGAAUUAAUGGCCAAUGAACAGAGUCACAAAACACAUACUACAGGCCACAGUCAAAUAAAUAUCACGAUCCACAGUCAAAAUAACGGACUUGUGCCACCGCCGCCACCAGGAUUCGUACAACAACCUCCAAAUACACAUAUGAACUCUUUCGGUAGCAAAAUUUUACCUUACCUAAAUAUGUCUAAUAGUCAACAACAAGUCAAUAGUCAAACACCAUCAAAUAAUUGGCCUAGUAAUUUUAGUUCUCAUUUACAACAACAGCAGCAGCAACCACCGAAAAAUAUGAGCAACACGUGUAACGAUUGGAAAGUAUUAGAUCCCGCAAUCCUAUCUUCUAGCCGUCAUUAUCCCUUAGCAAAUAUGUCCCAAACGAAUAGAGAACAUUAUCCAAAUAUUUCACAAUUAGGAACACAACAAAUACAGAAUGGAGCUCCGUUGCGGUAUGAAUUCACAAAUAACGCAUUCUCAAAUUUCACACAACAAUUACAGCCAAAUAAUUUCAAUAACAUCUCACACUUGAAUUCACCACAGAACCUGAAUUGGUUCGGCAGCGAUAUAAAUUCACAAAUUUCGAGCCCUCCCGGCUUCAGAAGCAACCAAGCCACCAAGCAGCAAGAGUGUUGA